AUGCAAUUCUUAUCGAACCAACAAUCUACGAAAUCGCGCUCAAACAUGGCUUCAUCUGACUCUUGGUUGAGCAUACGGCAUCUACCAGCAAUUUUAAUGACCCGAACAUCGUUCAAAGUCAAUGAAGAGCAUUUGUACAACUUAGCAAUCAAAGCACGAUUGGAAAAUCGCGAAUGCGGAUAUCUAUCGCGGCGUGGUGGCCAGGAUCCGUCGUCUUCGGCGAAUAAAUGGCAAUUGAAAUGGUUUGUUCUCUAUCAAAAUUUGUUAUUCUACUACGAAAAUGUGAACUCAUCGAAACCGCAGGGUGUUUAUUUCCUUGAAAGUUGUUAUUCAUCCCGUUCAACAGCUAAGAACAGCAAAGAUGGAGAAAAAUUAAAUUGUUUUUCAAUAUCUUACACACGCGAUGGCCGAAAUGCCAUUGAAUUUGCAGCGGAAUCGGAAAGUGAUUGUCAAGUAUGGAUUGAAUGCAUUCAAUCAUGCAGUUACAAUCGUUUGCUGUCUGUGAAAGAAGAAAUCGAACAGAAAUAUCUUCAUCUCUCUCAAGUUUACGAAAGUGAAGCAAAAACGAAAUAUCAAUAUUUACAACAAGUCGAAGAAUUGUCAGCUGAAGUUCGAGAAUUACGUCGCGAAUUAUCACGAUAUCGCCGACAACAUCAUUUAUUACGAACGAAAAGCAUCGCUGAGGAAGACUCUGCCGAAAUUCGAAAAAUCAAAAAAGUUCAAAGUCUGUGCCGAGGUUGGCUAUACAGACAACGUUGGAAACGAAUAGUCGAAGAAUAUAUCCGGUCUCCUCAUGCAGAAUUAAUGCGUAAGCGCAAUAAUAUUAUUUUUAAUUUGGUUGAAAGCGAGCGAGAAUAUGUGCAUCAACUGGAAAUUCUUGUGGCCAAUUAUGUGCGGCCGUUUCGGAUGGCGGCAAGUUCAAAAAAGCCGCCAAUAACACAUGAAGAUGUUAAUUCUAUUUUUCUAAAUACUGAAAUCAUCCUUUUCCUCCAUCAGAUAUUCUAUAAAGGUUUAUCGAAGAAACUCGAAAACUGGCCGACAUUCUACACCGGUGACCUAUUCGAUAUGUUCAUAUCCAUGUUGCAUAUUUACUUAGAAUACGUUCGAAAUCAUCAUUAUAGCUUGCAGUGCUUAGUCGAAUGUAAAUUGAGUAACCCAGAUUUUAACAAAUUCCUUGAACGAUGUGAACAAAAAGCGGCGUGCGAAGGUUUAACACUGGACAUAUUACUUGUUCUACCAAUGAAUCGGAUACCGUAUUAUAUUGUAACAUUAGCCAAUUGUUUAUCGCACACACCGCACGCACAUGUCGAAAGAGAAAGGUUAGAACAGACGAAAUCGAAAUUAGAAGAAUUAUCGAAAAUUAUGCAUGAUGAAGUCUCAGAAACGGAACAUAUUCGAGCAAAUUUAGCUAUCGAACGAUCGAUUGCGGAGGGUUGCGAUGUUCUACUAGAUGUGAACCAAGUACUAUGUCGGCAAGAUAGUCUUAUCUUAUGGGCCGGUGAUCGAAAUAAAUCAAGCAUAGGACAACGAUUUACGACACGAGAUCUCCGCCGAAACGAAAGUGUUGUUCAAUGUUACCUGUUUUCCAAUCAUUUAGUUGUUACAAGUCGAGCAUCGAGUGGAAAACUACACCUUGUCAAAGGUUGCGGAGUUAUUCCAUUAGCCGAUGUGACACUUGUCGAAGAUAUUGCCACUGAUCCUCAGCAUAUGCUUGCUGCAGUUACGGAAGAAGACAGCGCUGAUGAUACAAAUUCGAAUGUAACAGAUAAUAAAACUGGCGAGAUUGACAUAAGUUUCGCUCGUUUAUUUCGUUUGAUUGUUGAAUCACGUGACCAAACGCCAUACACAGCAACAUUCGUUGCUAAUGAUGAAAAACAUAAAUCCGAAUGGUGUGCUGACAUAGCACAGUGCUUGCAAAAUCUUCGUUAUACAGAAUUAGUUACUGGAACAUUUCGAAAUGAAUCGUCCGUUAUGUCACCGGAAUCUGUCAAAUCUGAUCUGAAACUGUACAAAGAUGAUUCAGAAAUCAAGUAUUCCAAAACACUGGAUUCAUGUAAAAUACCACAAAUUCGUCAUGCAACUGUGGAACGAUUGCUGGAGCGUUUAACUGACCUACGUUUUCUCUCCAUUGAUUUUCUCAAUACAUUCUUAUUAACUUAUCGUUUGUAUACUGAUGCUUACACCGUGAUGGAAACCUUAACUCGUGUCUACAAAUCCUCGCCACAUACGUCAUUAGACCAUACAAAUGAUACAGAUGGAACAAAUUCUCAUUCGAAUCACAAAACAGACGAGCAGCACAAAGAUAAGUUACUGUUAAUUAAUGAACAUGAUAAUGAAUUAAAUCGACGUGUCUCGGAAGGUGUCCAUUCGCUACCGGUCGAUAACUCAACUCAACAAGAACGAGAUCUAAGAAGGCAUUCACACAUUGGAACAUUCCGUCGAGCAUUAAGUAUCGAUCAAAACGAAGCAAUUACCACGACGAAGUGCAUGGAGAAAAAAGUUUCAAUCAAAUUCACGGAAAUCAAUAUUCUACCGACAACUCCAUCUGUUGAUAUCUCCGCAUCGGCUGAUCAAUUACAUACAUCUCUAGCUCCCCUCGCUUCGUCGGAGACAUUCUCGGAUGUUGUGUCUUUAAAUCUUGAUGAGCAAUCCAACAAAGAGCAAGGCACAUUGAAUUCUGGGAAAAAAAAUAUUAAGAUCAAUGAUUUCGAUUCAUUGGAAAUGCUCUUCGAUUUUCCAUCGUUGGAUUUAUCAAUUGAUUCCCAAAAAGAUAUUGCACAGCCAGUCGAAACAGGUUCUCGUAUACGAUUCUCUGCAAAUACACAGAUAAUCAAUAUAAGCAAAGUAAAUCAUCUUCCGAUCUCCUCAUUUUCGCUAUUUGUAUAUAUUCAUUCACAGGAAGAUAAAAACUCGCUUCGAAUCGAAAAGAGCGACAGUCCACCGAUACAGAAAUCACAGCAACGCUUACGAUUAGAUUCACAAACAAAUCAAAAUGUAUCACAGAAUGUUCAAUGGCUAUCCAAACGAUUGAGUGAAGUUCUCUCGUCUCCGAGACAAAGUAUUCGAAACGCAGCCGAAUCUUCAUUGAAAAAGGUUCUACCGGGUGUUGUCGUCACGUCAUCUCGAUCAUCUCGUCGACGAAUAAGUUCAGCAGCAGCAACGCAAGCAUUCGCUGUUGCCACAUCUGGCGAGUCUCCGAAAGGGAUGAGGCAAGAACGAUUAUCAAGUAAUCCAGGUGGUGGAUCUGUUUCAACCCAAGCAACUGCAACUAGCAACAAUUCAAUGCCGUUGAGUUCGAAAGAACAAAGAGCAAAUGAAUACAUUAUUGUUAAUACAGCUUCGACAAUGCGUGUGCUUAAUGUUCUACGACAUUGGUUAACUAAGCAUCCGUUGGACUUUCAUACUAAUCCUAAAUUGAAAGAGAUGGUUUUGGAGCUUUUACAAGAUAUGCUGUUAAAUGACCAUUUAAUUGCUGCUGAACACAAAGCAGCAGUUGCCAUUAUAAAAAAAAUCGAAACGUCAGAAAUCGAUGAUCAAAACGAGCAAUUACAAAUACUUUUAAAUCCCACCCAAACCUCAAAUGCCACGUUUGAACAUAUUGCUGUUUCGGAUCUUGCUGAACAAAUGACAUUAAUCGAUCAUAAACUUUUCUGUGCACUAGGCAGCGAAGAAUUGCUACUAUUGGGUUGGAUGAAACCUGGACGAGAUGAUUUAGCACCGAAUGUUGCUCUUGUAUCUAAGCGAUUCAACGAAAUGUGCCGCCUUGUGAUCACCGAAAUUCUAACACAAGCAACUGUGAAUGAUCGAGUACAAUGCAUUGAAAAAUGGAGUACGGUUGCUGACAUAUGUCGAUAUUUACGAAAUUUCAACGGUGUUCUUCAAAUCAUGGCCGCAUUUGUUAACAGUUCAGUUUAUCGUUUAAAAACUACUUGGGAUCGAAUAUCCAAACAGCACAAACAAGUGAUUAAUAAGUUACAAGCUUUAGUUCAUUCCGAUGGAAAAUUUAAAAACCUACGCGAUACUUUAACUAAAGUGGAUCCACCGUGUGUUCCAUACCUUGGUUUAUACUUGUCGGAUUUAACAUUCGUGGAGGAAAGUUCUCAAGAUAUAUCCGAAACACAUUUGAUCAAUUUUUCCAAAAUGCGAAUGAAAACACAUAUCAUCAGCGAAAUUCAUCGUUUUCAAUCGACUGCAUACAAAAUCAAGCACAAUCCACGUGUGUGUUCCUAUUUAUUAAACAAAUCGAACGUGUUAAGUGAAGAUCAAUGUUAUAUUCUUUCAUUGAAACUCGAACCUCGUGCAUCCCGUGCCGGAUUAACUAAUUUAGGCGUAUAA